AAUUUCGUAGUGAAAUAUGCAUCCCAAGCCCAUGCCCAAUUGAUUAGAGUGACACGAAAAAGAAUACUAGUAUAUGACUGCGUUAGGGUUUCAAUCUAUUUCUUGUUCUACAUCUGUUCUGUCCACUACGAACACGAUGAGUAAUUCCGAGCAGAAACGGUUUAAUGCGAAAUUUCACCUUGGCAAGUCCGGUAUGUAUCAUUUAUCUGCUUUUUCUCCGCCAGAUUUUUCUGAAAUCCCUGAAGAUAGUUUCGACCUUCCUUUUUUGAAUCCAUGGCAGCCAGCUUUUGGUAACAGUUGUAGGGGUUUGUUGGUUAUGGGCGAUGCUUUUGGCCAUAUUUUUCUUUGCAACCCCACAACCAAACAGUUUCAAUUUAUUCCUCCCACAGAAGAUAUAACUUAUUUUAGCAUCCAGCAGUUGUCUCUCGGCUAUGAUUCUAAAUCUGGUGAUUACAAACUCUUAAGAGUUACGAUACGAAUGCGGGAACCUGAUAGAACAAAUAGAACAAAAACUGAGUUGUAUUCAGUAAAAAAUGAUUCUUGGAAGACGAUUCCGAAUUGUGAUUGUUUUCUAUAUGGCCGCGGUGAGUAUGUUGACGAUAGGUGUUAUUGGCUGGAUUUAUAUGGAAGCAAAGUCAUAUCGUUCGAUUUUAGCGAGGAAAGCUUCUCUUACUUGCCUGUACCACGUGAGCCACCAGAGCCAGAGGAUCGUCUUGAUAAAUUUCUGCUAUUUAAGUUAGAUAAUGAAGAUUCGGUAGGGCUUAUUUUAGUUUGGCCACGGAGCGGAGGUAUCUAUAGUUGCGGUAAACGUAUUGGCGGUGAUUAUUAUCAGUUUUGGGUAUGGAGAGAUGGGUCUUGGUGCUUGCAUAAAAAUGUCGUUCUUAGUGGUUGUUAUGAUUUAUCAGAUAUGAUAGAUGGUCGAUUCAUGUUUCUUGAAGGACCAAGUAGCCAAUCGCUUAUACCCUAUGAAUGUCAUCAAGUAGUUUACGAUUGGAAUGGGAAAGAGUGUAUGUAUUUGGGUUUGAUUGAGCGUAGGAAUAAUAUCAUUUUCUUUUCUUAUGUUCAGAGCACCUUUGCGCUGCCCCAUGGAAAGCCAAUCAAUGGAUCCCGUUAUCUUAAUCAUAUUCAGACUGACUCCGAGCCUAUACUCAAAUGGGCGAAUGAUGGUUAUGAUUCUGAUCUUGAUCUUGGUCUUGAUGACGACAACUUGAACCUCAUUGAUUCGUUUGCUAACGGAUUCCGUGUCUUUGAUGAUACAGAGGAGGCAGUGGAGGUAUUGGAGGAGGAUGAGGAUGAGGAGAUGGAUCCCAACACUGAGGAGUUAGUUGCAAAUUGGCAAAAAAAUCAUUCACGCUAUGUUGUUGGAAUUAGUCAUGGUACAAAAGCACCUGGGGCACCAUUUGCUGAAUGUGGUUCUCUCCCAUUACGUGGAAUGUGUUGUUCAGUUUCAACGGAAAACAAUUUAAAAUUUCUAACCGGCUAUGGCUUGCAGCUACCCGGCAUUGACUGCAGCUUCGCCAAGAAUAAUAGGCACAUAGAAGGCAGCAAGCUUAGCCAGCCAUGGUUGGCCCAUACCCUGCUCUCGCUUGGCUGUUGUGUGAGGGGCAGAGGGCCCCUUGGCUGGAUUGGGCAGAUAGGAGGCAGCAACCUUAGCCCGCCCUUGCUUGGCUGUCGCAAGAAUAAUAUGCCCUUAGAAGGCAGCAAGCUUAGCCAGCCAUGGUUGUGCCAUAGUCUGCUCUCGCUUGGCUGUUCUGUGAGGGGCAGAGGGCCCGUUGGCUGGAUUGGGCGUAUAGGAAUAGGAGGCAGCAACCUUAGCCAGCUGUGGUUGGCCCCUAGCCUGCCCUUGCUUGGCUGUCGCAUGAAGGGCAGUCUGCGGAUUUUCUAUUGAAUGUUAUUUUGGGGCUCUCUUGGCACGCCUGCAUUAUCAUCUGUCAUUACGCUCUUUCUCACUGGCUCUACACAAAAAACAAUAGAGAAGCACUUGGUUUGUAAGAAUUGCUUUAUCAAAUUUAUCUUGGAGAAUGUUUUGUGCUU